AUGGCUUACCCAGAUAAUACUACAAUCGGUCAUCAAGGACUCGCAUUCUUAUCAAUUCUACUUAUCGUCCUUGAAUAUGAAAUGGUCACUAUUGCUCAAGUAUUUAAAAGAGGCAAAGUAUUCAACAAGGAAUUUAUGAGCCAAUUCGAUGAAUAGCACGAGAAAGAAGUGGGUGGAAAAGCCCCAGCUCUCGGAUACCCUGAUACUGGAAAUGGUAGAUAUGCAGCCAGACUUAACUAUGGAGACUGGUUCUCAUUCAACAACUGGCAAAGAGUCCAUUAUAACUUUUUGGAAUAGAUUACCCCAAUGAUUAUUUGGAUCUUUAUUGGUAGCUUUUACCAGCCUUUAGCCGCUGCUAUCCUUGGAUUCGUGUAUUUCUUCGGAAGAAUCUUCUACUCAAUUGGAUAUUGCAAAAGCCCAAAGCACAGAACUGCUGGUGCCAUUAUCUGCGAUCUUGGUUACAUUGGAGCCUUCAUUUUGUCAAUUGUCUCAAUUGCUUAAUGGCAGAAAUAUGAUUGA